AUGAGCCGCCAUGAAGGAGUCAGUUGUGAUUCUUGUCUCAAAAGCAACUUUAAUGGUCGCCGCUACAAAUGCUUGAUAUGCUAUGAUUAUGAUUUAUGUGCUGAUUGCUAUGAAGAUGGCGUUACAUCUACCCGUCAUUUGGUCGAUCAUCCAAUGCAAUGUAUUCUUACGCGUUCCGAUAUAGAAUUGUUUUUCGGUGGCGAGAUGCUCAACUCAGAGCAACCACAAAGUUUCACAUGCCCCUAUUGUAAAAAAAUGGGUUUUAGCGAUGCUACGUUACUGGAGCACGUUUCGGCCGAGCAUACGGAGACCAGCCUUGAGGUGGUGUGUCCAGUAUGUGCCGGACUACCGGGAGGCGAACCGAAUCUAGUCACAGACGACUUUGCCGGUCAUCUAACAUUGGAGCAUCGAACGGGACCACGGGAACUAAUUUCAUUUCUAGAUGAGCCAUCAGCAAUUCGGCAUGGUGGUGGCGUACGUCGCAUUCCUGGUCGUACUCUUGGAGGUCCUCGUGCACGUCGUUCUAAUAUGCACUUUAGUUCAUCGAGCGGAUUAUCUGCCCUUUCUCCAUCCGGAAGAGAAUCAGUAGAUCCUAUUGCCGAACUACUUUCACAGUUAUCGGGCGUGAGAAGAGGUGGACCACAAACGUCUCAGCUGCAACAAUUGCAAAUGCAAAUACAAUUGGAACGACAACAAGUGACGGCAACUCGCCAACAGUUGGAGCGUUUGCCCCGACGGGCUCAUCCGAUGGUCUCUUCAUCGAAUUCGAAUGCAACCAUGCCAGAGGUGAUAAGCAGCGGUCCGAUAUUAAGCGGCAGUGGUUCUGGUGGCAGUGGUGGCAGUGGCGCAAGCGGUUCUGGUAGUCUCAAUGGUGGUGGCGGCAGUUCAUGUCGCACCAACGAAUGGACUGUUAAUCCAUCACUAGCAGCUCAGCAACAAUCGCAGUCAGGUCUGACAGGCAACGCCGGAAUCAACAACAGAGAAAGUGGAGGCGGAAGUGGUAAUGUAAAUGGGAGUAGUGGCAGCAAUGCUAACAAUAUACUCGGCAUGUCAAUUGCUGGCGGUGCAGUGGGUACGGGUGUUAAUAGCGCAAGCAAUGGGGCUGACGUUCAAUCACAGUUUUUGCUAACAAAAUUCAUGCAGCCAACAUUGAGUGAUACAGAAUGGGCUGAAAUGGAAAGAGAACGAUCUGAUCGAUCACAAUUUGUACAAGCGCUUGUAUUGUCGACUCUUUCCUAUGACUCACUCGACACCAUUGCAAUUGGUGGUGGCGAGACGGAGCGCGAUAAUCGUGGCGAAUCGCAGGAAACCAAUAGUGAUAAUGUAAAUAACGAGAAAGUCUCAGCAGCGAACACAAAAAGUGAUGCUAAUGCGAGGGAAUCGUUGAUGAACAACAACACCGAUGCCUCCGCACAAACUACAAACACCAGUGGUAGCAGUAGCGUUAGCGCCGGAACGCCUGGUAGCGGCCGCCAGCAGGUACAUCAGCAGCAACAGACCACUCCGGAGGAUAUUGCCGACGAGUACAAACAACUGCAGCAGCAACAACAGCAGGCACAGCAGCAAACCUACGCAUCAAAAAAGAAGUCAACGAGUAACAGCGGUGUGAGUGGCGGCGCUGGGGGAACUGGAGGAAAGCCAACAGCUGACAGAGGCAUUGAACGGCGGGGCCGUCCACCACCUCCACCAGUUGGUGGUGGCGCAGCAGCUGCUGGAUCACAGCCCCAACAACAACAUUCUAGGUAG